CUCAAGUUCAGAUAAAGAUAGUUGUUUGAUCUAACUGCAAUUGAGCAUUUAUGGAGUUCGUCGUGCCAGAGCCGGAGGUCUCCGCUCUCUCUGAGCCAGAGGGCGAGGGAAACAAGUCCAGCUCCAAUGUAGACCUAGCAGAUGCCUUCGCCCGGCUGAACUUCGGCACAACCACCACUCGCGCGAGUUCCAGCGGGCAGGAGCAUGAGCGCCACCUCCCGGACGCGGCCGUCCGCAGCAUCGCGAACUACCUGGUGCAAGGAGAGCCUCCUGGACAUGCCCUCAUCCAUCUGUUGGCGUUUUGCGGGGUUUGCCGACAGUGGCGCAGCGUGGGCAGGGAAGUGAACCCGGGCGUCUGCAUUGGGUUCGACGUCCUGGAGAACACCUUCUGCGCUCAGUCCUCGAUUCAGCGAUUCCGUCGGCGCACCACAGCCCAGAAGGAGGACGUCUUCUGUGCGGCGGCCAAGCUGCUCAUAGGUUAUACCGAGGUCUGCUUCUCGGGCGAGGCGGUAUCGGACCGGCUGGUGGAGGCUGUGGCGCAGCGCGUGGGCGCGAAUCUCGUUAAGGUGAAGCUCCACAACACCAAGCAGGUCACGGAUGCCGCUCUAUGCGCUCUGGUGCGCUCAUCGCCACUGCUGGAGUGCUUCGUCGCCGAGGACCUCGACCGUGUGGCAGGGAAAUUCCUGGUACCGCUGAUGGAGGACUGCCCGUUACUCGCUACGGCGCACGUGGCGAACAUCCCGUCGCUCAACUGGGCGCUCUGCAAACAGUCCAGCGCGCAAUGGGGCCGCAAGUGCCUCACUAAGCUAGUUGUGCGCACGGUCGGGCUUGACGACAGCUUCGGUGGCAUCAUCGCAAAGUUGGGACAGUUGACGGACAUUGAACUGGAUGGCCCGGCGGUGAACAUAAAGGCGGGAGCACUGCAUUGCCCGUCGCUGAGCCGCGUGAGCUAUCUCGUUGGCCGCAAGAGCGACCUGGACGAGGCGCUGGCCGCGCUGAUGAGCAUUAAGGAGCUCAAGCAGCUGGAGCUGAUCGUGCGCAACUUCGUGCUGACGGCCGACGAGCUCAGAGUCAUUGGCAUGCUGCCAGUGGCGGACCUGCGUCUGGACAGCUACGUGUACAAGCAGCAGCCGACGCUCAGCCGCAGCAGCUAUAGCCACGUGGACAAUGAGGGCGUUAAGGCGCUGGUGGAUGGCAUCUGCACCCGCUGGUGCUCGCACAACAACGCGGACAUGUGCCCCAUGAAGCUGUCCCUGUGCGGCGCCACGGCGCUGACACACGACGCCGUCAGCGCGCUGCUGCGCCUGCCGGUGCUGACGGAGCUGGACAUUGGCGGCUGCUGCCGCAUCACCGCCAUGGACAAAAUGCGCCUGGUGGCCAAGGUGAAGGCCGGGCGGGAGAUGCUGGAGUCUGGACGGCGGCCGCAGGUCCGCAUGAACAGCCGCUUCCCGGGCCUGUUGCUGUAAAUUGGCAGGCCCCGGGGCGCGGACCUGGACUAGCUACCCUGCACACGGCAGGGCGAAGUGCAGCAGGCGGGCGUGGAACCAGGCUUGCCAUGAAGCGGAUGACAUCUUCGCGCGGGAUGGGAGCAUUGGAAACUUAAUACCACCAUGUGAUGACAGCGGACCCCGAGGCCGGACAUUCGAGGGGGAGCCAGGCUGCGCCGGAGGGCUUGGUCCAGUCAAUGAAAUGAAUGUUGCAGGAGAAGCAUGAACGCCAACACUACGCAAAGAUUUAGCAUGAUCUAAUGUGUCCGCUUUGGGUCCCAACACAUGUGCACAAGCGCUGAUGCUACAGUGCGGUGAGCAUCGUGGCUUAUUUAUGCGCUGUCAGCGGCAGCAUUAGCUGCGGAAAAUGCAGCAUCUGCACUUGUCUUUGGUUUUUUGGCGGACUUAAAAGCCUGCACGGUGGUGAUUGUGGCAUCGCUGCUACCCAAGCUUAAUGCAUUUUGCGUGGAUCAGUAGGAAGUGCGGCGGUGGCCUGUUAUGUGGAGAUUGCGGACGGCAUGACAACUGGCGCAUAGGAAGUGGACGGUGGGGCCGCUCGGCUUGAGGUUUGAGAAUCAACCCACAGCAUCUGGCGCGUGCUGUGUGCAGAUGUGAAUGCGGAGGUUGGUGAGUAAACGACGGGAGGGGGACGAGGUUACGAACCCUAAUAACCACAGGCCAUGCUACGGUAUUGAGAGAUUGGUGACACGAACAUUCGUGGUAGUGCUACGUGGACAGCAUAGACAGAGCCGACCGCCUGUUAACAACGUAAUGCAAGCGUUGCAGCCAUGCGCAGAAGGCAGUGGCUUUGUGGAUUGAAAUGCGGGGUGUGUCCGUGCCGUGGCGCGCCGUUGGAUGGAUUGAAGCUGUUAGCUGGUGGAAAUGCAGGCACUCCGUACUACACUGUGGAAUUUCGUUCCUAGGCACUCGUGUGCGAGGUAGCCCUGAUAUCACUCUGUUCUGGGGGAAAGGAUUCUUUGUUAGGUUCAAUGAUGCCGUAUGCAUGGGCCCGUCAAGCUGUAGCUGGUCCUGCCAAUUGAGUGUGUGAGGGGAAGGGGGGAAAGGACCAGGUAGAUGUGCGCUGCCGACCAAACACCAGCUGUGCGUGUACGGGUGUAUACCACGUGCAUUGUGUGAUUGUGGGCGUAUGCACCGGCACUCGUGCACAUUGUGGGCGUAUGUACCGGUGCACCGCAGUCAAGCCAAUAACGCCCCAGAACU